UCCAGAAAAAUGAAUCCAAAAAGAAGGUGAAAGAACUUGAGGUUCAGCAUCUGGCUGAAAAAGAGGAGAUGAAAGUAGAAAACGAGAGGCUAAGGACCACUUUGUCUGCAGACCAGAAAACAACAGCUGAAUACUUCCAAAAGCAAAUCAGUUCGCUCCGUGCAAAGGUCAAAGAGCAGAAUGCAGUCAUCUUCUCUCGGGAAGAUCAGAUCAGAAAGCUAUCCUCUAAACCAGUUCAAGAUGCUCCUGACUGUGAUGUCCUCCACGUGACCCACUUAAAUCCACUCGGACGCGAUCCAGGAAUGCUCCCUUCCUCGUCAGCUUCUGAGAGUCAAGACUUGGAAUCCGAGGAAGAUGAUGAUUUGGAGAGUUCCCUAGACCGGAAGCAGCAGCUGUUGGACACCCUGAGACAGAAUCCAAAAUUCAUCAAACAGUUCCGUCCCAUUUUGGAAGAGACGCUGGAGGAGAAAUUGGAGAGCAUGGGUUUGAAAAAGGGCUUGAAGGGAAUUCCUGCCCAGACACUGAAGAGCCUGAAUGUGACUGUGGGCAAACAGCGCGAGAGCAAGGCCAAGCGUUUUGGCGAGUUUGCUAGCCUUCGGAAGCGGUUUGCAAAGGUCGUGGUGGAGAAGGUCAGAGAGAAACAGCGCAGCGAGGGCUACAGCUCCCCUCCACCCCGAUCAGUUCGGAGACACACAACGCAGAAAACGGCCGCAAAGACUAAGGGCCAACAUGCCGUCUCAUUGAAACCAUCCCGUUUGAUCGACCCCAAGCCUUGCCAGACUGAGGUCCCCAAACCGGCUGUGCGGCAUCGAACUGCCACUCCUACCCGCUCUUUUGCACCCAUUGCCAGUACUCCCCCUUUCUCCUCGGAUGUUGACGAUGACGACUCUGUGGUGGACAGUGCCUAUGUCACCAGCGUGGGGGUGAAGGAUGGGGCCCAGGCCCGUGUCGUCCAGUCGAACCCGUUGCCGACACAGCCAAGCCUGAGCGACGAUGACGAUGACUGGUCAGAUACCGACAUCUCGACGGAGCUGCUGAGCCCAGCCCGGGGUGCUCCUGUGGCCCAUACCCCACCAGGAACCAAGGUGCAAAGUCUGACAAAGAGCCUGGAGAGACAACUCCGCUUCCCAGCCAAGAAACCGACCGGUGGAGUUCGACUUGUACCCACAGCGCAAGCUGCACCUCGUACCUCUCCUGAAAACCGCACCGUCGUCAAGAAGUUGCAGCUAUCCGAUGAUGAUGAUGAGAGUGACCUGGACAUCUCGUCGAUCGAGGAGGUCUCUGAAGAGUUUGUCGUGAAAGCAGCGAUCUCAAAGCCAAUGGUGGUGCCAAGGGAAAGUGCCGAGCCGUGUGUGUCUCAGGGAACCAGCGUCUGGAGCUCGUCUGCCAGCAGAGGGGCAGCUUACAGCUCCAUCUGCUGUUGUCCUGUACGGCCGCUUGAAAUGAACACCACCCACAAAUUGCCUCAAAGUAGUACAACACAGCUGCACAACACAACCUCUCCUGCAUUGGGUUGAAGGAGGCGGGCACUGUGACAUCGUUGAAAAGCAGCAGCUUUGCCACGGUAACAGACAUCAGUGACUCCGAGUUCAACUUCCCAUGAGCACCAGACGUUCCGG